UGUCCCAUAAUCUCUUCCAAACUCAGACUCAGAUGAUGAUGAGGAUGAGAUUCCAAUAACCAUUUUCACUCUUCUACUCAACAUCUCCACUUACUAACUCACUCACUCACUCACUUUGCUACUCCACACAAGAUGUUUCAUUGGAAAAUGAUAAUGGAAGCUUAGCAACAAUGGUGUGGAUAACAUCAUCAUCAUCAUCAUCAUCAUCAUCAUCACCACCAGCAGGAUGACUUGUGGGACAUCAGUCCUGAACCAAACCCAUCUUUUAUUUCCCACCAAAGAAACCCCAGAAUUCAAUUUCAGUUCCAAGGUCCAAGAAUGCAUCUCCUUGCUCAAAACAUGCAGAACCAUCAAAGAAAUCAACCAAAUUCAUGCCCGAAUUCUGAAGUUUGGACUUUUCUGUGACCCCUUUUGUGCAGGAAACCUUGUGGCCACUGCUGCUCUUUCUGACUGGGGAAGCAUGGACUAUGCCUGCAAGAUUUUCCGGCGUAUUGAUGAACCAGAAGCUUUCUUGUUCAACACCAUGAUCAGAGGACACGUCAAGGAUAUGAACUGGGGUCAAGCCUUGAUACUCUACUGUGAAAUGUUGGAGAGUGGAGUUGAGCCUGAUAAUUUCACUUACCCACCUCUGCUCAAGGCCUGUGCUAGGUUAUCUGCACUUGAGGAAGGAGUACUGAUUCAUGGGCAUACCUUUAAGCUUGGGUUUCAAGGUGAUUUAUUUGUGCAAAAUAGUUUAAUCAACAUGUAUGGAAAAAGUGGGAGAAUUGAACUUAGCUGUGACGUGUUUGAUCAAAUGCUUGAAAGGAGUGUUGCUUCGUGGAGUGCUAUUAUUUCUGUUCAUGCUAGUUUAGGCAAGUGGUGGGAGUGUCUCAUGCUUUUUGGGGAUAUGAUGGGUGAGGAGGGAAGGUUGAGGGCUGAGGAGAGUGUAUUAGUUAGUGUGCUUUCUGCUUGCACCCAUCUGGGUGCUCUUGAUUUGGGAAGGUGCACACAUGGGUACUUGUUGAGGAACAUUAGUGGACACAAUGUGAUAGUAGAGACUUCCUUAAUAGAUAUGUAUGUGAAAUGUGGGUGUCUGGAGAAAGCGUUGUGUUUGUUCAACCAGAUGGCCAAGAAGAAGAAGAACCAGCUGUCCUACUCAGUGAUGAUCUCAGGGCUGGCUAUGCAUGGACAUGGUAGGAAGGCUCUGGAGGUCUUCUCUGAAAUGCUUGAAGAAGGAUUGACACCGGACGAGAUUGUGUAUAUGAGUGUUCUGAGUGCUUGUAGUGAUGCUGGCAUGGUUGAUGAGGGUCUGCAAUGGUUUAAGAGGAUGAAAUCCGAGCAUGGAGUUGAACCAACAGUUGAACAUUAUGGCUGUAUUGUAGAUCUUUUUGGAAGAGCAGGGAUGUUGAAUGAAGCAUUCGAGUUCAUUAAGAGCAUGCCCAUCAAGCCGAAUGACAUUAUAUGGAGGAGCCUUCUUAGUGCUUGUAGAGUUCAUGGUAACUUGGAAAUAGGAGAGACUGCAGCAGAAAAUUUAGUCAAGAUGAAUUCUCAGAACCCUGGUGACUAUGUGGUGCUUUCAAACAUGUAUGCAAAAUCUCAGAAGUGGGACAAUGUUGCUAGGAUUCGAACCGAAAUGGCUUCAAAGGGAUUGAUGCCAAAUCUUGGGUUCAGCAUGGUUGAGGUGAAGAGAAAGGUUUUCAAGUUUGUCUCACAGGACAUGUCAUACCCCCAGUGUGAAGGUGUACAUGAGAUGAUACACCAAAUGGAAUGGCAACUCAGAUUUGAAGAGUAUGCUCCAGACACUUCACUUGUUUUGCUUGAUGUAGAUGAAGAAGAGAAGAUAGAGAGACUAAAGUAUCACAGUCAGAAGUUAGCUAUAGCUUUUUCUCUUAUACAUACUUCUCAAGGAUCUCCUAUAAGAAUAGUUAGAAAUCUCAGAAUGUGCAGUGACUGUCACACUUACACUAAACUCAUUUCAGUGAUCUAUGAACGAGAGAUUACUGUUAGAGAUCGAAAUCAGUUCCACCAUUUCAAAAAUGGAAUGUGCUCUUGUAGAGAUUACUGGUAAAUCAAAGAUUUUUCUUUCCUCUUUCUUUUC